AUGGUUCGCAUCGCUGCUGUCGCUGCCUUUUACUCCGCCUUGGCUGGCGUGAGUAGGGCGGCCGUUUUCGAAAAGGCCGACUACGACUCGGGCGCCGUCCACCACCGCAUCAUGGAGAUGAAGGUCAAGCAGUGGGACGCCCAGAUCGCUUCGGGCCAGAUGAACAGCUUCCAGUACCCCGAGCUGGGCUACACCAAGUGCGAGAACGGCUUUGCUGCCGCCAUCCCCGGUGACUUUAACAGCACCUUCAGGUGUAACAACAUUGAUCUCUACCACUUCCUGUCGCACGCCGACUUGGGCAGCAAGGAGGGUCAAGGCUCGUCGUCCUGGGGCUGGACUUCGGCCGACGGACGCGAGUUCGUCGCCAUUGGUCAGUUCGACGGAACCGCCUUUGCCGAGAUCACCAGCGAGGGCAAGCUCUCAUACCUGGGCCGCCUUCCCCAGUUCGACUCCAUCGGCUCGCGCUGGAGGGAGAUUCGUGUGGUUAAGGACAUCAUGGUUGUUGGUUCAGAGGCCAUCGAACACGGUAUUCAGUUCUUUGACAUGAAGAAGCUGCUCGACCUCGACCCCGCUAGCCCCAAGACCUUCACCCAGGAGGAGCUCACCGGUCACUGGGACGAACUCCCGGUCGGUCGCACUCACAACGUCGUUGUCAACGAGGAGCUUGGCUAUGCCAUCGCCUGUGGCUCCGUCGGUGGCAACGAGACCAUUCGUGUUCGCCCCAACGACCUGCCUUGCAAGGGCGGUCUGAUCUACCUCGACAUCAGCGACCCCACUAAGCCAUUCAGCCCCGGCUGUGCUGCCGGUGAUGGAUACGUCCACGAUGCGGAAUGCUUGGUCUACCGUGGCCCUGACAAGCGCUACGAGGGCCGUGACAUCUGCUACGGCUACAACGAGGACACCCUCACCAUCUACGACGUGACUGACAAGAACGGCAACGUCACCAACAUCAUCUCGAUCGUCAGCUUCCCUGGCGCCGAGUACAUCCACCAGGGUGCUGUCCUGGACAAGAUGAACCAGGAGUACCUGCUCCUUGACGACGAGUUUGAUGAGCGUGACGCCGACGUCGGCCCGAUGACGCGCGGUCUGCCCACCACUCACAUCUUUGACAUCCGCGACCUCGAGAACCCCGUCUACACUGGCAACUUUGCCCACCGCACCCGCGGUAUCGACCACAACCAGUACGUCUUUGACGGCUUCGUCUACCAGUCCAACUACGGCAACGGCCUCAACGUCUGGGACGUAAGCUCCAUCCCCUCGGACCCCACCGGCGGAAGCGUCUGCGAGGCCGGCUUCAUCGACAUCUACCCCGAGGACGACGAGAACGAGGGCUCCGGCUCCGUCGCCUUCCUGGGUUCGUGGUCGCACUACGCCGGCUUCAAGUCGGGCUUCAUCUUUGUGCACACCAUCGAGCGCGGCUCCUUCGUGGUCAAGAUGACGGACAAGGCCUGCCCCAAGCCCAAGACCUGCAGCGCCGACAACUGCAUGCGCGCCCUCCGCGCCUCGCACAUCCCCGGCCGCCUCGAGGCCAGCACCGACUUUUGCCACGACUUCCUGACCCGCCAGUACAUGGACACCGCCGGCGUCCCCAGCUACGCCGUCGACGCCUGCGGUGGCGCUGCUGCUGCUCCCCCGCCCCCGGUCGAGGACGACGACGACACCUGCCCUGACGACAACGCCCCGCCCGCCCCCACGCAGGCCCCCGUCGUCGUCUCGAGGGUCAGCAGCGCCUGCGCCUGCAUCCCCACCAAGCCCGUGCCGGAGCUGCCCAGGACCACCAGCAGGCCGCCUGUGCCUACCGUCCUCCCUGACAGGCGUUAA